AUGUCAAGAAAACUCAUUUCAACAACUAUUUUUUCGCCGGAAGGGGUCUACUAUAAGAUCCAUGAAGUUAAUUUUUCCAUUAGAACUCUUGCCACGCUGUCAAAAGGUCACAAAGAUUUAUCAUUGGAUCAAAUAAACAACUCUGGUAAUUCAAAUAAAAAUAGCUCACUCGAUUCUGCCGUCAGUUUUUCAGAAACAACUGAGAAUCAAAAAUUAAAAAGACGUCGAACUCGAUUCACUGAUACACUGAAUAAAGGCCCCAGUUUUGAUGAUUUUCUUCGCGGUCGAAUCAACCAAGAUGAUUUAAUGAGCAUUGAUCCAGUAGCAGCUUCUCAACCAGCAGAACAUGUUAAACUUCCCUCUUGGCUCAAAACACAGAUUCCUAAAGGAUCAAAUUUCAGUAAACUUAAAGAUGAUGUUCGUGACCUUAAACUUCAUACAGUUUGUGAAGAGGCACGUUGCCCUAACAUUGGAGAAUGCUGGGGAGGAAAAGAUAAGUCUAAAGCAACUGCGACUAUUAUGUUGAUGGGUGAUACAUGCACUCGAGGAUGUCGUUUUUGUUCCGUUAAAACAAACCGUACACCCCCUCCUCUGGAUCCUCAGGAACCAGAAAACACGGCUGUUGCAAUUGCAAAAUGGGGGUUGGGUUAUGUGGUUUUGACAACGGUAGAUCGUGAUGACUUGAUUGAUGGUGGAGCUCAUCAUUUUGCUGAUACCGUUAAAAGAAUUAAAUCAAAGGCUCCUCACAUUUUGGUUGAAUGUCUAACUGGUGAUUUUCGUGGUGAUAAAAACAUGAUAUCUUUAAUGGCGAAUAGUGGGCUAGAUGUCUUUGCUCAUAACUUGGAAACUGUUGAGGAUUUAACGCCUUAUGUUCGUGAUAGACGCGCUACUUUUCAACAAUCUCUAGGUGUUCUUAAAUACGCCAAAGAGUCUAACCCUAAUGUAAUCACAAAAACUUCAAUAAUGCUUGGGUUUGGUGAAACUGACGAACAAAUUGAUGAUGCUUUGAAGAAAUUGAGAGAAAUUGCUAAUUGCGACAUAGUCACUUUUGGGCAGUAUAUGAGACCUACGAAGCGACAUUUAAAGGUUGUGGAAUACAUAUCUCCAGAUAAAUUUAAUUAUUGGAAGAAACGGGCCAUGGACAUGGGCUUUAUCUACUGUGCAAGUGGUCCAUUGGUAAGAUCAUCUUAUAAGGCAGGUGAAGUUUUUAUUGAAAACGUUUUGAAAAAAAGACAGCUAAAAGAAACUUUGAGAAAAACUACUGGAGAGAUUAACUCUUCUAAUAUUCUGUAA